AUGAUCCAACGGUUUGGGCUCCUUCCUGCUUUCUCUCCCUUAAAGAAACACAAUUACCCACAAACACAAUCACCAAACUCCAUCAUCUUCACCAACAACAACAACCUGCUACCACCACCACCACCGGAUCGCCACCAUCGUGAAGCUACCACCACCACCCUGAAGCUCCACCCACCACUGUUGGACAACCAUCAUCAAGCUCCACCGCCACCAUUGGACCGGCUGCACCACCACCGUCAACCAUCGCUGAACCGCCAUCAUCAAACUCCACCACCACCAUUAUCAAGCUCCACCACUACCAUUAUCAAGAAACACCACCAACACCGUGAAGCUCCGUUAACCUCCGUUGAACACCGUUGA